AAUAAAAUAUUAAAAAAAUGUCAAUUUUUUUUCUCUAAUUAAUGUCAAGUCAUCCGAAAUUAUGCUGCUAUUUCGUUAUAUUUGGAUUGAAUUGGCUGCAUAAACGGCUUUAAGAGUCUUAAUUACCGAAUCUUUGCGAGAUGAGUGCACUGCCCGUUUUUAAAUUGGGCAUGUUGGCAGUGCGGCAGUUGAGUAAAUAUGUCGCAAGUUUUAUUAAAGAAAGAGCGAAAAAGAAUGCCACAUUUCGCAAUUAUUUCUGUAUUGCACCGGCACAAUUAUAUAAUAGGAUUGAGAUAAGAACGAAGAUGUGGACCAUGAAGAUGGGUAAGCCAACAAAUAUCAAACCACUUUCAGAAGCCGCAGCCAUCGAUUUGGGCGCCAGUAUGCUGGGUGAAUUUGUUUUAUUUUUAAUUUGUGGUGCAGCAGUAGUGUCGGAAGUCUCGCGUCAGGUGCGUUCGGAACGGCGUAAAAGGGAAGAAAAAAUACAAGCGGCCAUAAAAUUAACCAACAACAUUUUAAGUAUGGAAGAAGCCAUUGAACAGCAAGAGGAGUAUAUAAAAGAAAUUAACAAAGCGUUGAGAGCUUUAGGUAAAAAGAUUGAGGUGCCGCCGGAUGAGAAAUUCCAUAGCAAAUUACUAAGGCCAAUUAUUGUAACAAAGUCGAUAGAGACGCAGAUUACGAUACCUACCAGGGAUAAGGGUCUGCAGGUUGAUCUAAGCUGAUGGAUAACAUACAUACUUGUACACAUAUAGGAUAUGGACAAUUAAAUUUUUUAUUCCAUGAUAUUAUAUUUGUAUUACAUAAAUAGCUUUCUCAAA